AUGCCUGCUUCUAUUAAACCAAUCCAACUCUACGGAGGAAUUCUCGGGCCCAACCCCUUGAAAGUCGGCAUCCUCCUUGCCCUCCUCGACCUACCCUAUGAAGCCGUGCCCGUCAAGUUCGACGAGAUCAAAGAACCCGAAUACGUCGCCAUCAAUCCCAACGGACGUCUACCAUCCAUCCACGAUCCCAACACGGGCCUCACAAUCUGGGAGUCUGGUGCCAUCAUCGAGUACCUCAUCGAGCGCUAUGACAGCGAAGAGCCCCGCAAGCUGAGCUUCCCCAAGUGGAGCGCCGAGGCCGAAGAAGCACGCUCGUUCCUCUAUCUCCAAACCACCGGACAGGGUCCUUACUAUGGCCAGGCUAUAUGGUUCAUAAAGUACCACGGCGAGAAGAUCCAGUCGGCUAUUGAUCGAUAUGUCAACGAGGCCAAGCGCGUGAGUGGCGUACUUGAAAAUUGGCUCGUCAAGCAGAAGGAGACCCACAAGGACAACAUUGGGGAUGGCCCUUGGCUGGUGGGCAACAAAAUGUCGUAUGCAGAUAUUUCCUUUAUCCCGUGGCAGAGAGCUUGCCAUACCAAAUUCCCCGAGCAGGGCUUCGGACCAACAGAUUUCCCUCAUGUUAAUGAGUGGCUUGAGCGCAUGUCUGCCCAAAAGGCAGUCCAGACUGUUCUGGACUCGGCUGAUAAGCAGAUGGCUGAAUUUAUGAAGGCGAGGGAAUAG